AUAAUUCACCUAAUGUACGUCAAGAUUAUAAUCGUCUCAAGAAAAUUAUGCUUACAAAUGAUAAGUGGAAUUUAAUGAACGAUUUAACUCAUUUACUUGAUUCAUUUAAUGAAUAUACAGAGUAUUUUAGUGGUAGUGAAUAUGUUAUAAUUAGCAUGAUGUAUCUGUUGAUUACUGCUCUUAAGAUUAAGCUAUGUCCUAUUACUCAAGACUUUGAUUUAACUUUGGAUUUUAAUUCAGACAAUAAUGCAUUUGACAAUGAUCUUGAAUAUGAAGAUGAUGAAGAGGAAAUUACAGUAGGGCUAAAAAAACGUCGAAUCAAAAUUAAUACACCUACAAAUACAAGUGGAUUACAAGAUCACAUAAAAUUGUCUCUUUAUAAAGCCUUACUUCACUAUUGGCCAACUCCUAAUAUAAAU